AUGCAGCGAGCAACAGCAGAACCGAUGCCUACCCAACGCCCCUUCUUCUCCAACUUCCUCGCCGCGUUCCGCGCACACUCUGCUAUACAGACGAGCAAAGCACAAACAGCCCCAUCCUCAACAGCCCAAACAGCACACCCUUCACCUGGAACUUCUCCCUCACAACCACGCACCAUAACAACAUCCACAAAACCCUCCGGUGCAACUACAGCAGCGUUAACAACCCUCCACUCACCACGGACAUCAAAUUCUCCACUCAGUCGGUCACCGGGCCCUUCAACGUCACCAGUGGCGGAGAAUGCAUCUGCGGCAAAAUACAUAACACCGAGAGGGAGAAGAGGAAGCGAUAGCUCUAGCGAAGGCUUCAGAGAUGUUCUUGGGGCUGAGAAGUGGUAUAUUGGAGGCCGGACAGCGGCUGGUGAGGAGAGGUAUUUCAAGCUGGGUGUCAUCAAGAGGCAUACUAGUAGGGAUCGGUUGAGUUUGGAUCGGCUGAGCUUGUGA